GCAUCCUUUCAUUUCCAAAUUGGCGAAUUAACAAGUGGCUAAGGGAAACAAUACAACACUGUUCGCUCGGAGCUAUAAACCGAAACACUGUAGCAGCACUGUUUUUCACUCGUCUGCACGGUCGCGUAGAACUGAGUGGGAAUAAAUGUGACAUUAAUGUCCCUCCUAGCUUGCCAUAGAUCAGGGAUUUCGUUACAUGCGAUAUAUCAGAAUGCUGGGCGAUCACAGAUUCAGCUGCCGAGGAGGGUAUUCCAGGUCAAACGAGCGACUUCUCAGCGGAGCUGAAGUUAAUUCGCAAGAUGGUGAGGCUGUCAACAGCUGCCCUGCCGAUGUGUGUAUGAGGGAAGAGGCCUGGCUCCUUGCGUUGUGCUGGAGUCCAUUCAGAUUCUGGGGUUCUGAGGAGCCGUGGAAUAACAGAGGAAUGAUGUCAAGGCCCUGAUCCCUGCCGUUCAGUAUGUCAGAGCACGCAGACAAAGGCAGCCCGGGCUGGAAACAUGAGGCCUUGCAGAAUGAUGAGUCAACUGCUGCCAGAGAGUUUGAAGAUUCACAGGAAACAGGGUACAUACCAAGCUACCUGGACAAGGACGAGCUGUGUGUCGUAUGUGGGGACAAAGCCACAGGCUACCACUACCGCUGCAUCACCUGCGAAGGCUGCAAGGGGUUCUUCAGGCGCACCAUCCAGAAGAACCUGAACCCCACGUACGCCUGCAAGUAUGAGGCCAAGUGUGUCAUCGACAAGGUCACCCGCAACCAGUGCCAGGAGUGCCGCUUCAAGAAGUGCAUCGCCGUCGGCAUGGCCACCGACUUGGUGCUGGACGACAGCAAGCGGCUGGCGAAGCGGAAGCUUAUCGAGGAGAACCGUGAGCGGCGCAAGCGCGAGGAGCGGCAGAAGACGGUGUGGGAUCGGCCGGAGCCCACGGCGGACGAGUGGGAGCUGAUCCGCGUCGUCACGGAUGCCCACAUGGCAACCAACGCCCAGGGCAACCACUGGAAGCAGCGGAGGAAGUUCCUGGUGGAAGAAGCUAUGCUACUUAAUGAAAUAACAUGUAAUUUAUUCUAUGCUUCUGACCAGAGUGCAGUGGGGGUGAAAGACUCGAAGCCAGAAGACAUUGGCCAAGCGCCGGUCGUCAACACGGCCGAGGGGAGCAAAGUGGACAUAGAAGCCUUCAGUCAGUUUACUAAAAUAAUCACCCCCGCCAUCACACGCGUGGUGGACUUCGCCAAAAAACUGCCUAUGUUCUGUGAGCUGCCUUGUGAGGACCAGAUCAUCCUGCUGAAAGGCUGCUGUAUGGAGAUCAUGUCUCUGCGCGCGGCCGUGCGCUACGACCCCGAGAGCGAGACGCUGACGCUGAACGGCGAGAUGGCGGUGACACGCGGCCAGCUGAAGAACGGAGGCCUGGGAGUCGUGUCCGACGCCAUCUUUGACCUCGGCGUGUCCCUGUCCUCCUUCAACCUGGACGACUCGGAGGUGGCGCUGCUGCAGGCCGUCAUCCUCCUCUCCUCCGAUCGGCCGGGGCUGACGAGUGUGGAGCGUAUCGAGCGCUGCCAGGAGGGCUUCCUGCAGGCGUUUGAGCACUACAUCAACUACCGCAAGCACAAGGUGGCGCACUUCUGGCCCAAGCUGCUCAUGAAGGUGACGGACCUGCGCAUGAUCGGCGCCUGCCACGCCAGCCGCUUCCUCCACAUGAAGGUGGAGUGCCCCAACGAGCUCUUCCCCCCCCUCUUCCUGGAGGUCUUCGAGGACUGACACACACACUCUCUCACACACACACACUCAUAUACACAUACACACUCAUAUACACAUACACACCUACCCUGGGGUAUCCCUCAACUCACUCACUUUUACUACCUGGAGGUGUUUCAAAGACUGGAGAAGACGAAGAUACACACACACACGCACACGCACACACGCACGCACACACACACACACACACACACACACACACACACACACACACACACACACACACACACACACACACACACACACCUCCGCUAGGUGCCAGGAGGCAGAGGGGUGUGAGAGUUGGAGUGGAGGACACAGGAAGGCCUCUCUGGACACGUUUGAACUCUGAACUCAUGCGGGCACUACUGACGAGUCGUUGUCAUUCCGUAGACAGACGAGGAGAGUAGCCUUUCGUUCCGUUCCGUUGCGUCUCGUCGCGUUCUCUCUUCUGAACGGAACUGUUCCUCACGAUGCGGGUACCUGUGAAUAGCGAUGUUUGUUGUUAAUGUGUUUAUUCGUUUGAUGUUUAUUUGUUUUUGUUUUUUUUAAAUGUAUCUCACACCUCUCAGUUACCAUAGAAUACGUGUCUAGUGUACCAACACACACACCUGUGUGUGAGAAUACGUGUCUAGUGUACCAACACACAGCUGUGUGUGAGACAUAAGAUGGAUCCACCCAUGAGUGACUCGCAAUGACUCAACCACACACACACACACACACACCUGACAGCUGAUGAGUCAGAACACACACACACACACACACGCACACACACACUCACACACACACACACACACAUAUACACACACACACACACACACACACACACACACACCGGACAGCUCCAAAAGCAGCUCUGGUCACCUCACUGCAAUAUAUCCUAGCAGGUAGAACACAGUACUGAACCAGCCGGCAGCAGGGGCGCCCUCUAGUGGCCAGCCCCUACCUCUGCAUCUAUGAACUGACCGCGUCACUACGGCAGAGACUUACCUCUUUGUGUCACUACAGCCCAGGACCCUCCUCAGAGACACACACACACACACACACACACACACACACACACACACACACACACACACACACACACACACACACACACACACACACACACACACGCACAUACUACACUCAGACCAGGACCCUCCUCAGACACACACACACACACACACACACACACACACACCAGGACCCUCCUCAGAUUUCUUGUUCUGGAUAUAGCAGCGCUCACAUAACAAAACACACACACACACACACACACACUCUACACUCAGACCAGGACCCUCCUCAGACCUCUUCUUCUGGAUGUAGCAACGCUCACAUGACAAAACACACACACACACACACACACUCUACACUCAGCCCAGGACCCUCCUCAGAUCUCUUGGUCUGGAUGUAGCAGAACUCACAUGACUUCUCAUGCAACCAAGCUGUAUAAGUCUUAAAACAGGACAAAACACACACGCACACACACAUACAUUUUAAAAUCUCUAAUAUCCCUUUGUUUGAUCAAUAAAGUUUUAUCCUUUUUUAUAUGACUAAAUAAAACAGACAGAUAAGAGACACACACACACACACACACACACACACACACACACAGCAAGACAAUCAGAGGCACUGUUGCUGUGCCCUCCAGGAGAUAAAUGUGUGGAGGGCAUCGCUUCCUCGUCGUCUCUCUCGUGUCCAGACUAUGGUACCCGUAGAUCUCCUUCAGUGUCCAGUGAUGCCAGUUCUCGGAGUUAAGGUGCCAAAAAAAGAGAGAGGAGGAGAGGAGAGCCAGUCAAAGCUCUUUAACCGCCCUAAACAUGCAUCUGCUCGAUACCGUAGACACAAGCAGGCGUCUGCUACACACCGUAAACACCCAUGCAUGUUGUGUCCAGUCGUGCGUUUAUCCCACACACACCCGAGAGACAUUUGUGCGCUGAGGUGGGCCUGUUUGUCCCUCGCUGUGUGCCGUAGAGUGCCACAGAUUCUCCUGAGGAACCGAGGCGGCUGGAAAGGCUUCGAUAGGAACUCUUCAAAAUUCCAUGUGUCAUAUGAAUACAAAUCUCUAUUUUUUCUUAACGGAUGUGUGAACUGCUUUUACACACACACACACACACACACACACACACACACAGUAAAAGAGUGCUGUCGUUGGAGAGACCAAGGAAACGCCUCUGACGGGACGAGUCUCACCUCCUCAUACCUCGGCCCUCACACCUCAGAUCGACCCGGCUCGGCUGGGGGCCCACUCUGGCACGGCUCCGGCACGGGUCUGGCCCGCCUCCGGUGGGGUUCCGGCAGAUCCAGAACCAGUCCACUCAGCCAGCACUGAGGUCCGUUAAUCAUUUGUUUGUUUGUUUCUUGUAUGGACAGUCCCUACCUCGGGAUUCUGGUGACCAACACACACACACACACACACACACACACGAAUACACAACACGCAUAGAAAAACACACAUACAUACUGUACGAAUAUACAUGGAGUGUGGCCAUUGUGAAGAGAAUCACUCUACUGCUCGGAGAAGCACACAUCGUGAAGACCUUUCUGAAGGACAGGAGUCAUUCUGACAUCUUGUUUGUGUGUGAGUGUGUGUCUUCUUUCUUCCACUUGGCAUGACCUUGUUUGUUCUCAUUCCUUGUGUUUUCAGACUAAAAGAAUUCUGGAGCUGCAGAUUGUGCAGGCAUCUACUAUGUUAAAACACAGACAGGUCAAAUACUCUUCUGCUCCACAUUAGGAGAAAAGACAGGAGCACUUUGUUCAAGCUUCACACUUCUCUUCUACAGAAGCAGGGUGUGUGUGUGUUUAUGUGUGUGUAUGUGUGUGUGUGUGUCUAUUCCUCCUCGUAUACGUGAUGCCUUUCGUAAGCAAUAGACUUGCUCCGCUGUUUUGUCGUUCCUAGAACUUCACACUCAAACUGCACAGACUCAAAUACAAAUGCACAGACAAUCAGGAGUGAUGAGAGAGAGAGAGAGAGAAGCACAAGUGAGGAAGAGAGGGGGAAAGCAUGAGAGAGAGAAAAUAAAAGCACAAGACAGACAGAGAAAGGGAGGACAUCUCUCUUGGCACCUGAUUGGAUGGGUGUGGGGAGGAGAGGCCCGUCUUUGUUGAAGAAUGUAACUGUGGUGCAUGUGGAUGACUGGUGGCAAAACUAACUCAGUUCAAAGUGAAAAGACAAAACAAAAUGAAUAAAAAAAAGACAGUUUACAGUGUAGAGGAGAAAAGGUUGUAUAUUUUCAGAUUGCAGAUAUUUUUACAGAUAUGAUAUGCGUACUAUGAGGCAUUUUACUGCAUAUAUAUUUUUCUCAAAUGCGUACAGAGAGAGUGCACUGUUGCCACCAGCUUGGCCCUCUCACCUUUGACCUUCACCUUUGACCUUCGCAAUCGUACCCAGCAGCUGCAAGGUCAGCACAACUGGGGUCGUUCAGAAUACACACGGACAGCCGUCACGGAAUUAAAUAUCCAACAUCGAGUUAAACGAUACAAUUCAGAUAGAUGUUCCGACAGUAGAGAAACUGCUAACCCUCAAAAGUCAAAGUCAGUUUAAACAAUCAGAUUACACACACACACACACACACACCCCUGUUUCACUCAGAUAACACACACAACCCACAAGUUCACAAGGCAAGAACUCUGACAAUCCAACACUUAAAGGAAUAAUCCAGACGAGAGAGGCUCGGCAGUGUGUGAGACGAGUGUCAAAAGAGUUGUGUGUUUGUGCUCUUUUUUUUUUUUUCUUUUUCUUUUUGUACCAAAUUGAAAUGUAUUGCACAUGACGGCCAUGGGACGCAUAGUGGCCCCCCGACACAGCAGUGUGUGUGUGUGUGUGUGUGUGUGUGUGUGUGUGUGUGCGCCAGGCCGCACGUGUGUGUGUGUGUCCUGGUGUGUUCUGCGUUGGACAUGGAGACAAGGAGCUGCACUGAAGGAUCGAACGGAUUGGACAGACAGUUUGCACUUCAAUGUGAUCGGGCUUUCUGAUUGGUGGUUUGGACAGACAGUUUGCACUUCAAUGUGAUCGGGCUUUCUGAUUGGUGGUUUGGACAGACAGUUUGCACUUCCAAUGUGAUCAGGCUCUCUGAAUAAAGAUGGUUUGAGAAAUCCUGCAA